AUGACCCAGCUUGUUGGAGGCUUGCCUCUCGGAGGACAGGGCGCUCGUGAGCCCAACAUCCCACGAGUGCCGCCAGAGAACCGUUACAACGCCCUGAUCCUACCCUCGGACGCGCAGUACACGCAAAUCGAGGACGAGUUCAGGCUCCAUCUCGCUGAUCCCCGCGUCGCCGUCGGUGACGUCCUCAACAAGUACUUCACACCCCAUGAGGCAAAGCUCUUUUUACCGAACCCCGAGUCCACAAGCCUCGUCCAGAUACAAGACGAGAACACGCAACGCUACAGAGACAUCUUGCGCACCAGGUUUAGAGGCCAUCCUCUUUCGCUCGCUAGCAAAUUCGCCAUGCUCUAUUUCGGCCUGCCCAUCGAGCCGGCCAUCUCGCACCUCUUUGACGCGCAGCGGCCAAGGUUCGACCUUCUUGAUGACAAUGCAACGGAGGGGGGCACCGCUCGCCCGCCUCUGCACUUUCUCACCGCUCACGACCAGCGCAACUACGGCUAUGACCACCGGCGGGGGCGAGAGGCCGGGCACAGCACUCUGCCCGUCGCUGCAUCGAGUCUGCGAGGCAUCGGUGACGAGCCCGUUCUCGGCCUGCGAGGCGGCGCCACUGAUGACGAGCUCCAAGAUGACGAGCUCCAAGAUGACGAGCUCCAAGAUGACGAGCUCCAAGAUGACGAGCUCCAAGAUGACGAGCUCCAAGAUGACGAGCUCCAAGAUGACGAGCUCCAAGAUGAUUACCCUGACAAUUUUCCAGUAGAAGAGGGCGACGAGAACUUAGCAGACGACGACGUUGAAAACCCAUCUCUCGAGAAGGACGUGUCGAAGCCUGUGCCGAAGCCUGCAUCGAAGCCUGCGCCGAAGCCUGCAUCGAAGACUGCGCCGAAGCCUGCGCCAGGAGAUGAUGUUGUCAUGAAGGACGUUUCCAACCAGGAACAAACAACAUACCGGCCCCCCGCAACGGCAUCACUGCCCUCGCAGACUUGGCUCUACGGUUUCCAGGGACGUAUUUACAUUGACGUCAUGAAAAGAAAGGAGGCAGAACGGGGCCUCGAGGCGUUGCUCUCGAUGCGUCCCGGGCACGACUGCGACGUUAUUCUCCAACGAUACAACGCAACGACACACCAAAAGCAGGACGAGACCUUCUUCCAGACCCACGCUGAUGUGAUCAACUACAUCGCCGACCACUUCACCUUGGUGCAGACUGCGUGGUUUGUUCACCGUGCUGGCGAGAAGGCGCCCGAGACAUAUAUCCCCUCGACCAGCACCUUUGACACCCUCGUCGAGCUGAAUCAUGUCGAUAGGGGGCAGCCCCGUGUUGCCUAUUUCCGCACCCCUUCGAAAACUUGGUUUAACGGCCCCGACGAGAACGCCAAUCUGUACUGGGACUUUGGUGCCAACCAUUACAUGCCCUUUCUGCAGAACGCGCAAGAGGUCCUCCUCGGCCGCCCGCCAGAGGGCCGCAGAGGUCCCCAUGCUCUCCUGCGCUAUGCCCUCGGCGACGGCAGCAAGAUCAAGACGAACCAAGGCCGACCUGCCACCACGCAUUGGUACGGCGGGAACGAGAUCAACGCGAAUGUUUUCUUUUGGAUGGUCCCCCCAACCCCGGACACGCGGCACACUCUCCAGCUGCUGCGGCGGGAUCUGGACCCCCGCUCCGCCGUCCUCCUGGCGCCGGGGAACCCCAAUCUCGGCGGUGUCUUCGAAAUCCCUUGGCCGUUCAGCAAUCUCCGUCGUAAGCUCGACAGCUUCUGCCACGACGAGUACCCCAACACCCAGAUUGAGUCGUUCUUCGUGUGGUCCCACGACGAGUUCCUGACGGGCCAUCGGUCCAUGCCCAUGGGGCAGUGGGACCCUCGCGAGGACGACGUCGACAAGCUGGCGGAUACCGAGCUGCACAUGACCAGACUCAUGCAGGCCUACGUCACGGAGACGCACGGUAACGGCUGUGCGUUUGUCUUCCAGCCUCAGUAUGAGCGCGACAUUGCCGACGACACGACAUGCCAGCUGCGCUUGAAAGGGUGGGAGGGGACCGCCCCCUUUCCGGAGCAACUGGAGAGUGUCGAUAUGCUCUACGAGCAGCUCAUUGUCGCUUCCACAAACGUGGCUGAAGGUCAGCCUGUCUCGCGAACCGGCGCGCUUACCAUGGCAAUGCUAAAGAAUAAUCUCGUCUCUCUCGCCGAUGGCCCGGUGGAUAGUCCCAACACGCGGACAUUUGUUGUUUUGCCUACCACGAGCCAUGAUGAAAUGCGCGCCAUGCGUCGCCAGAUGACGAGCCAAAUCAUCACCGCAGAGCUGCUCUCAAAUAAUCAUUCUGAUUUCAUCGAGCGUAUGACGGCUUCCAACAGCUCUUCGCACCCAUGGGGCCCACGCUACGGCCUCGUCAACCAGUGGCGGGAGCGGAUAGGCUUCGAGACGCUGCCCAAGCCAGGCGACCCCGUCUUUGAAGAGCUCAAGAAGAAGCUGGGCCCCUCCUCCAAGAACGGAUCCAAGGCUGGAGACAAUGACAAGUCAAAAAAGGACAGACUUCUCACGGACGAGGAGAUUUGGGGAAAGGACGAAGAACCGUUUCUCAAGCACGAGAUUGACCAGCGCGAGCUGUCGUGGGCUCGGCAACCCAGCAUCUGGGACUCGGGCACGUACAACCCCUCGAUCCCCACCAACGCGCCUCCCAGGGAAGCCAUCAUGCGCAUCGGCAAGGGCCGGGUCCCUGUACUGUCCAAGGGGACGCUCACGCCGACAGAGGUGGCCCGGAUGCAGCGAGACUUCCACGAGCUUCGGAACCUGAACAUCCAGAGAAUCGCCUUUUGUCCGUUCCCCAACUGCAAUUUCAGCUACCGGGUUGACAAGAUGGACAAGAUCAGCAGGCAUCUGAGGCAGCACACGACGAACAACUGCCCGUGGUGUCCAGAAAAGCUGUACGAACACUGGGACAAGCCCCAGCGAGACCGCCACUUCAAGAUCAAGCACGAAGCGGAACUGCGUUCGGUCCUCAAGCCGGCCAACAAGCCCGUCACGAACCCGUUCAUCGAGAAGCAGCAGCAGCAGGAGGCCAAUGGCGCCAUCGUCACCAGGACACUUAUCCCGCAACCCUUCUCGUGGACGGCCAAGCCGAACUCCAUCUUUGAGAAAGUUGUCAAAAGGCCUACCGACCUCAGGGUUGCUCGCCUGCCACCCAACAAGGCCAACCCCAAAGAGAUGGAGUUUAGCUUCUGCGACCGCUGCGGGCGCGACCACAACAUGCUCGACGAUGCAAAGGACCGUCGGCACCACGACCGGGUCUGCGUGCCCCAUGCUGAAGGUGCCGGUGCCUGCACCUUCUGCCAGACGUGCGGUUCUCAUGUGUGGAAUACGGAGAACGACGCCCUGAACUGGGAUCCCACGGCCAAGCUCCCGCAUCGCUGCAGGGGGCUCGCCCACUCAGGCAAGCCAUUCUGUACAUCCUGCGGGCUCUCGCUCGGCCAGUACUCCGACGAGUACAUUGACAAGCACCGCGAGUUCUGUGGCGCAUUCUUCAGCGUCAUUGGCACCUUCUGCCCCUACUGCCAGCUGAAAUUCGAUACCGCGCCCGGGGCCGACAAGGUCGAGGACAUGAUUGAGGCCAAAAAGGUACAUAUCAACGCAUGCCGAAACGAUCACGUGCACCCAAGUUUGCAGGUGCAACGAGGCCAGAUGACGCCCUUUGAUCUCUACGAUGAGGACUACUGGCGCGAGUGGACGCGACCGUACGAUGAGCAGUACGAUGGGCCUCGCGCCUUCAACCAGGUGCUUCGGCUGCCUCACAGGGCGACAAAGGCCCUCCUGAUACCCCUUGCUUGGUGGGAGAAACAGGGGCCGCGGGACUCGGUCGUUGACCCGCCGCAGGAUUGCGGCGUCUGCAGAGCGGCUCUCGUUGGGCUUGACGCGUCGAGCGUGCUGCACCACUUUGAGGCCGACCACAAUGACGAUAAGCCCCUCGAAACGUGUCCGUUGUGCGAUCUAUCUUUCACGGCGCCGGUCGCUGAAGGCGAGACGCAAGUGUAUCUCGCUUCACGCGCCCAGCAGCAGCGGCACAUGGAGUGCCACGUUUUCGACCUGUGGAACGAUGUCCGGAUUAACUCGAACACGCAGAAAACCACCCACCCGACGGAGAAUCCGUUCAGGCAGGGCCACCCCUUGUGGGACCCCAAGGAGUACGGGCUCGACAGGCGCGACAAGCGAUGCCCGGCCUUCGCCGUGUGUGGUGCCAUGGUGGGUUUCAUGACGCCGGAGCAGUGGCUGCUACACAAGAAGCAGGUGCACGGCAGCGAGGAGUGGCAGCUCGAGACGCCGGAACAAAUCGCGUCUGGGAUGAGGGCGGCCAGGGCAGCGAAAGAGCUUAGGACAGAGAAGAAAAAGGGUUCGGAUGACAGCAGCGAUGAUGGCGAUGACGGCAGCGGAAAGAAGGCGCCUCAGGAAAAGAUGCCUGGAGAAGAAACGACAUUGCCGAAAGAGCUCCCCAAAGGCGACUUCACCGUUGUGGAAACAGACUACUGUUCACGGUGCCUCCGCAAGAUGCCCCGGAAGAAUAAUAUUGGUCCGGGGAAGCUCUCGUGGGAGCAGCAGGUCAUGGCUCACUGUGACCCGAAGCGCAGCUGCCGCAUCCCCUACCAGCGGGGCAGCGAGGCCGGCUCCGUUCCCAACAGGUCGGGCUUCUUGUCUAAGGUGCAGAUGUCUAACCUGGGGGGAAUCACUAAGUUGAGGAGUAACUUUGCGACGGGCCAUCCCACGUACGCGCGGACAAUUUACCCUACUGAUGGGAACUUUGCGCGCAGCACGACAACGUGGGAGUUUGAUCCGAACCGGAACGAGAACAGCAAUGCUUGGGGGAUGCCGUUCCCGCCACCGCCACCUGGGGGGACCGGCGGAGGCGGUGGUGGUAGUAAUAACGGCAGUGGUGAUAAAGGCGACAAAGGCGACACAGCCCCACGCAGUCAAGCCGGGCAAAAGCGCGCCAUGCCUACACCAAAAACGCCAGCCGCCAGCAAGACAACGGGCGAUGGUGUGACUAGCAGCGGCGGUGGCAGCGGCAGUAAGCGAAAACGAGGCGACGCGCGAACCGAUCCAUCCUAUCGACCGAGCAAGGAGGAGCUCGCGAUGGAGCAGCAGGAGGUGCAGAAGGAGGUGCAGGAAGAAGAAGACAGGCGGAAGAAGGACCCAGCACGGACAGCAAAGAGGACGAAGCACGUAUGA